AUGGCAUUCUUUCCUAGGCAGCUCUUCGUCAAAGCUUCAGGGAAUGAAUUAUUCUCCCCCGCUCCAAAAAAAGUAGAGACGAAUUUACUGUCCAAGAAUGAAGCCAGAGACUUUUACAAUGAGAUUUUAAGUGAGCCCUCGACCAGCAAACCUCGAGGAGUGAAACCCAAGACAAGUGUGCGGAAUACCCGACAUGCCAUUCCGAAUCAGACUUUGACCCUGAAAGAGUUAUUCCACGCGUGUGAAGUGAACCAAACUGACAAGGUAGCAUUAGCCUUGAAACAAGGACUAAAUCCCAAUGCUCGAGACUUGUACGGCUGGACUCCUCUCAUGGUAGCCACAAGUGCCAACAGUGUCGAGUGCGUCAAAAUCCUCAGGUUAUCAGGUGCCAUCUCAUCCCUCACUGAUCGAGGCGGCAAUUCUGCCCUAUCGAUUGCCGAAAUGAAGGGAUUUGCGCGAAUUUUUUCCUUGCUCAAGAAUAAAAUCCCAGCCACUCAAGAGGUUAGUAGUGACUCCUCCGCAUCAACCGAGGUGAGAGAACUCAAGGAGGAAUUUUGUACUGAAUGUCAAACGACAUUCAUCGAUUCCCCCGGGCGAAUGCAUAAAGCCACAAUGACCCACAUGCUGAAGUCUGAGACGUCUUCAAUCCGAACGGUUUAUGGAAUCCCUGAGGCCAACAAAGGGUUCCGAAUGAUGGUCAAAGGAGGCUGGGACCAGGACAAAGGGUUGGGUCCCGAAGGUUCUGGGAAGAAAUUCCCGGUUAAAACGAUGCUGAAGCGGGAUCGGAAGGGCGUGGGAGCCGAGGAUUCGGCCCGAUUGAGAGUCACUCAUUUCAAACCCAACGAUCCUGCUUCGGUUUCGAAUCGUUUUCGGGAGCGUCGUGAACGCGAGACAACGCUGAACAAAAAGGCCCGCGAAUCAAAACUAAAACGCGAUCAGAGAAAGGAGAAGCGAUUCAGACAAGAAUUCCAAGGAAUGUAAUGGCUAAUGGAGAUAAUAAAACAAGUUACUUUACUUGGA